GAAGCUGAAAAAAUAUCUGAGAGUAAUAAAGAAUGUCUUUACAUAAAUGAUUUCCACCAAAAGCGGGAGAAAUUGCACAUUUUUCCAGAGAAAAUCCAAAAGAACGAAGGAUUCGACAUUUCUGACGCACAGGUUUCCCUUCUUUCUGAAUCUACAGUCCGAGUGCUACGGAAGAGGACUGGGGCGACCGGAGAGAGGAACAAAUGUGAGCGUUUUUUGGAUUUUGUUUUUCUUCCAGAAUUCAGAAAACAAACAAACCCAAAUGCAGAUUUUUUUUCUUAGAAUUCCGGAAAAAAAGAAUCCAAAAGACCUCCCAGUGGUCCUUAUACUCGCUUUGAUUUACAGACUACAGCAGUUUGCGAAACCCAUGAGUUGCACCGCUGGGAGUGUAAGGGGUUAAAUCACGUGUGUAGUAAACCUGUUACCUGAGUAGGACAAAGACACCGGGGCCGACAUUCAUUCACUCCAUCCACGCAGUUCCUGCGUCCGCUCUGUUGCAUGGUCGCCGUCACAGCGUUGAAAAGAUGCUGCGAGGUGCCGUGUUUUACGGCAGCAUCCUGCCUUUGUACCUUUUCCUCUGCGUCUGUUCUCUGCCGGUACACGACCACAGGACCGCCAAGCAGCUGCAGAGAUGGAGCAACAGUCAUGCCGGUUUGAAGAAGAGGCCAAGUCAUGAACAGGACACACUUAAUGAAGAGUACGAUUUCAAGUCCCCAAAUGACACAGAUUUGUGGAAUCGUCCUCGCUGUGGAGUCCCAGAUUAUCCUACCUUAACGCAGCUCAGCAUGACAUACAACAAUGUGAAAAAGAGAAGGGACACCCUGAGUAGACAGCAGCGCAGGAAGCGAUUUGCGCUCUAUGGCAGGCGAUGGGAGAAGACAGACUUAACUUACAAGAUCAUACGUUUUCCCUGGCAGAUGAGUGAGGACAAAGUGCGGAGUGUUUUCCAGGAGGCGUUUGGUGUGUGGGGUGCUGUCACUCCUCUCAGGUUCAGUGAAGUAACCAGUGAGAAUGCUGACAUCAUCAUUGAUUUCAACAGGUACUGGCAUGGGGACAACUUACCAUUCGAUGGUCCAGGAGGAAUCCUUGCUCACGCCUAUUUCCCCCAGACACAGAGAGAGGGAGAAGUCCACUUUGACUAUGAUGAGCACUGGACAGUGGGCAAUAAUGCUGGCACAGACCUCCUCCAAGUGGCAGCUCAUGAGUUUGGCCACGUUUUGGGCCUGCAGCACUCCCUUGAGCCCGAUGCUGUGAUGUGCCCAUUCUAUAGUGACGCUUACCCUCUGCAGCUGAGUGAGGAUGACAAAAGGGGCAUUCAGUAUCUGUACGGAUCCCCUCGGCAUGCGCCACCUGUGAUGACAGAGACCAAUGAGAUUGAGACUGAACUGCCAAAUGCUUGCAAAACAAACUUUGAUGCUGUAUCCAUGAUCAGGGGAGAGCUCUUCUUCUUUAAGUCUCAAUAUAUUUGGCGAAUACGUGAUGGGCAGCUACAAGCUGGCUAUCCAGCUUUAUCAUCACGCCACUGGAAAGGAAUUCCAGAACACAUUGAUGCUGCGUUUGAAGACAAGUCUGGCAACAUCUGGUUCUUCCAAGGUGACAGCUACUGGGUUUUUGAUGCUGAAAGGAAGAUAACAGGGCCAGAUUCAGUGAGACGGCUGGGUCUUCCUGUAACAGACAUUGAAGCAGCUUUGAAGUGGGAAGAGGACCAUACUGAGAAAGUCUACUUCUUCAAGUCGAGUUACUACUGGUCCUUCAAUAUUCAGGAUAAUCGAAUUAAUGACUUACACCCUCGCAGCAUUUACGAGUGGAGGGGAAUGCCCAGCCACAUCGAUGGAGCCUUCUUGGACAGAUAUGGCUAUGCCAAUUUCCUGAGUGGAAUGCACUACUGGAAGUUUGACCCUGUGGCACUGAAGGUACUGGAAGGCUAUCCCCGGAGCAUCGGCAUGGAUUUCUUUGGCUGCUCUGCCUCUCUGUCCAAAUAAGUUACAUCUGCAUUACUUUUACAGAUCAAUUUUUCUGUUAAAUUUCCCAUACAAAACACUCAAGAUGUUUUGGCUAUAUUCAAUCUGAUAGAUUUCAUGAAUUUGACUCUAAAGGAAGUGUCUGUAUUUGCCUUUUGCAGAGCCAGAAAUGUUUCUGUCAGUGUCAGAAUACAAUCUGGAGAAAGCUAGUUAAAAUUGUUAGUGUCAGUUCAAUAAAAACUUCAGAUCCAAGCUUAUAUCCCCCCAUCUCAGCUGACUGCAGGCUUCCCCAACCUUAUAAACAGUACGUUUGCAUAAUGACUAAAACUGGCACCAGUGGCUAACAAUGGGCUGUGAGGUCAGUUGGUCAUUAUCAUGCAAAUUGGCAUGAUGUUUUGGGAAAAUGCAUCUCAGCUGUUCCGAUACUCGUGACACAUAAGGGUUCACUAAGGGUUUUUGCUUAGGCAGCAGUUGUCUGUCUUCUCUCCUGGAUCGGCUGGAGCUUUCUUUAAGCACCUUCCCAGCUUUGACAAAUGUCCAGCUGAGAUAACCACAUUUACUCAGGGCCUUCUUGAUGUCAUGUUCUUCUGUUUCCCAGGCCCGUCUUUGUAAAUGGUAUCAUGGCUAUUGAUCAAUGAUAAAAGAAGUCACUUGGAAGAUGAACAAAGCUCCCACUGAAAAUUCUACAUCCAGAUAAACAGAAUUAACUUUCUGGAACUGCUUAAAAUGAUAACUCAUAGUACUCAUGCACCGAGUAUUCAAAACCCACACACUCAUAAACUGUUCUUUUGAGUGUUUGAAUAGUUGUAAUUAAGGGAUUAAGGCAAACACUUUCUUACAUUAGUCUGGCAUUAUUGAUGAGUUGCGUCAGUGGUAGAAACAAACAAACAACAACAACAACAAAAAAUGUGUAGUUUUGAUUUGAUUGAAAUCUUCAAACUCACUUUCAAGGAUUCCGAGUUAUUUACACGCUUUAAAAAUAUUUAAGAGUAUUCUCCUGUUGUGUUAGCUGUUCAUUAACCAUACACACCUACUGGAGCCACCGACUAUAUUGUUUGUUGGCUUACAACCACAGAUUGCAUCUAAAAAUGAUAGAUGUAGCUUCCUGGUUUGAAGAGGGAAGUCAGUGUGGAUGUGAUGUUCAGCAGGGAGCAACUCCUCUGCUUGCAGAGCCAUAUUUUUGCCAUUUGAUAGCAACAGUGGAGACAGAUAGGAAAGCAAAGAGAGAGAGGGUGGAAGACAUGCAGCAAAGAGUCCCAGGUCAGAUUCACUGUAUUCUGGUCAUGUGGUAUAUAUGUGUAUAUCUGACCAUGUAUGUUUAGGGAUGGCUACAUCUCGGGAGGUAGAGCAGGUAAUCUACUAAUUGGAAAAGUGGUUAUAAGAAGUGGUUAUAGCUGUGCUAAUAGAAUAGCUCUACAGAUGGCAGGUUCAAGUAUCUCACCAAAUGCUGCAUGGAUUGUACAGAGGACUGGCCGCUACAAGUUGUGAUAUGUUUUUUUUAAAAAGAAAUUUUUCUCUGAGUAGAAUAAAAAAUGAAUAAAAAUGUAAAGGUUUUCCUAAGUAGUAACUUCAACCACAGUUUAGUUCUGAGAAAAAUUGCUUUAACUAAAUUCCCCCUCAGCUGUCCCCAAAUGUGUGUUGUCAUUGUAUAUAUAAACAUGUACAAAUCCAGCUUUACAGAACUGUGGACACUGUGAAAAAUGUAAAUAAAAACAGAGAAUUAUGAUUUGCAAAUAAACCCAGAAAUUAUUCAAAGUAGAAGAUACAAAACAUGGUUAAACUGAGAAAAUGUACCAUUUUAAGAAAUAGGUAUUUUUAAUGGGAGCAACACAUCUCAGAAAACUUAGGGGCAUAAUUACAUCUUUGUAGUGUCCCUUCCUCUUUUCACUACAUUCUGUAAAUGUGUGGGAGCUGAGGAGAGCGGAACGUGGUCCCGUUCUUGUCUCAUGGAGGAUUAUAGCUGCUCAGCAGUCCUGGGUCUUCUUUGCCAUAUACUUCAUGAUGCUCCCAAUGUUCUCAGUUGGUGAAAAGCCUGGACUGCAGGCAUGUCAGUUCAACAUCUACACUCUUCUACCACGAUGCUGCUGAAACAGGUACUGUAUGUGGUUCAGCAUUUUCUUACUGAAGCAUGCAAGGCCUUCCCUGAAAAACA